AUGGCUUACCACUAUGUGGUUACUGCACAGAAACCAACUGCCGUUACAUCAUGUAUUACAGGAAACUUCACAUCACCAACAGACUUGAACCUUCUGGUCGCGAAGGUGUCUCGUCUAGAAAUGUACCUGGUGACACCAGAAGGCUUGCGACCAAUGAAAGAAGUGGGGCUUUACGGACGUGUUGCUAAAAUGAAGCUGUUCAGGCCUCCAUAUGAAGACAAGGAUUUGGUAUUCAUUCUGACCGCCCGAUAUAAUGCCAUGAUAUUAGAAUGGAGGUCAGGAGCUAAUGGCGAACUUGAGGUUGUUACCAGAGCCCAUGGAAAUGUCUCGGACAAAAUUGGAAAGCCUUCAGAGAACGGCAUUCUAGCGGUCAUUGACCCACAAGCAAGGGUUAUUGGUUUAAGGCUAUAUGAUGGUCUGUUUAAAAUUAUUCCUCUUGAUAAAGACUCAACAGAGCUGAAAGCUGCUAGUUUAAGAUUGGAAGAAUUGAAUGUAUAUGAUGUAGAAUUUUUGCAUGGCUGUUCAAACCCUACUAUUAUUUUAAUACAUCAAGAUCUCAAUGGAAGACAUAUAAAGACACAUGAAAUAUCUUUAAGAGACAAGGAAUUUAUGAAGAUACCAUGGAAACAAGACAAUGUUGAAACAGAAGCUUCAAUAUUAAUACCUGUGCCCAGCCCACUUGGUGGAGCUAUUGUGAUAGGCCAAGAGUCAAUAGUGUACCAUGAUGGUCAAAGUUAUGUUGCUGUCGCGCCGCCACAAAUUAAGUUAACUCCAAUAAAUUGUUACUGUCGCGUGGAUACCCGAGGGCUGCGCUACUUGCUAGGCGAUAUCGCCGGACGCCUGUUCAUGUUGCUGCUGGAGCUUCAGGACAAACCUGACGGCACACAGGCCGUCAAGGACCUCAAAGUCGAACUGUUGGGUGAGGCUCUGGUCAUACAUGUACAUAAAUAG